UCUAUUUCGAGCCUCAUGUGGCACCCGCUGAGGCGACCCUCGCUAUUUACUGUAUUAUAUCAAAUUUGAACAGAUUAAUCGUGUUUAAGGGGCUUGUCCUGCUCCACCAUGGCUGUUGAGUCGACAGUGUACCCCGCCUUCAGACUCGGAGAGUCUCGUUUCGCUCAGGGAUCGUUUUAUGGUAGAUUAAGGCAUUUCCUGGAUGUGAUUGACCCUCGAACACUCUUUGUAUCAGAGAGCCGUCUAAAUGAAUGUGUGAAACUCUUAGAGCACUUCAGAGAUGGCACUCUACCUGCAGGUGUGACCAAUGCACAGCUUUGGGAGGCCCAGAAGGUGAAACAGGCCAUCCUCCAUCCAGACACUGGAGAAAAGAUCCCCAUGCCCUUUCGCAUGUCAGGUUAUAUUCCCUUUGGUACACCAGUGGUCGUGGGCCUCUUACUUCCCAAUCAGACCCUGGCCACCACCAUCUUCUGGCAGUGGCUGAACCAGAGUCAUAACGCUUGUGUUAACUACUGCAAUCGCAAUGCUUCUAAGCCUACACCAUUUUCAAAGUUCUUCCAAGGAUACCUGGGUGCAGUCAGCAGCGCAGUUACCAUUGCAGUGGGCUUGAACGUUCUGAUUCAGAGAGCCAAAUGUUUCAGACCAGCUACACGACUUCUGGUUCAAAGAUUUGUCCCUUUCCCUGCUGUCGCGAGUGCCAACGUGUGUAACGUGUUGCUGAUGCGUCACAGCGAGCUGUCUGAAGGAGUUAGUGUGCUGGAUGAGAAUGGGAAUGUAGUGGGCACCUCCAAGAUAGCAGCCAGAUGUGCAUUGUUGGAGACAGCUGUGACACGUGUGGUCCUGCCUGUGCCUAUCCUGGUCCUGCCACCCAUGCUGAUGACUGUGCUGGAGAGACUCCCUCUACUGCAGAGACACCCUCGACUUGUUCUGCCAGUACACAGCCUGGUGUGUCUUUGUGCUUUUGGUAUGGCCCUACCACUCGCCAUCAGUCUGUUUCCACAAAACAGCCAGAUUCACGUCUCUCAGCUUGAGCCAGAAAUCUCUGCGGCAACCGAGUGCAAGAUCCUGACCUACAAUAAGGGCCUUUAACCAGUCAAAACGGUGGAGCACCAUGCGAAAAACGUAUGAAAACUGUAGGUCAGGAGAUCUUCAUCAAACAGCUCUGAAGCUGUGAGUCCAAAGUGCAGUGAUGUAACGAAGCGUGGCGCUAUGCGCAACCCAGUCAUGCUAGAGAAGGCUAUGAGGACAUUCCUCCUCUGUGUUUGGUUCUAACCUGCCACGGAUGUGUGUGUGUGGAAUUUAUUAUCACUUACAUACUGCGACAGGCACGUUCACACACCAGCGCUAAUCACUUGUCUUCUUUGCAUUCACUUGAAUAUGCCAUUGGUUAGUAAGGACAUUAACGCCAAAUCAACAGGAAAUUAACAGCGGAAUGAUGGCCUGAGUGGCAUAAUUUCCUGUGUUGUAGCUUUUGAUAGAAUGCAUGAUUAUAUAGUUGUAUGAGAGGUUUCUGUCCAUACAGCCUUUUGGGAAACAAGGUUUGAGAGGGAAACAAGGUAAAAAUAACAGAAAAAAAGUAUGUGGUCAGUUUUCACUGGUUUCAUCUUUGAUAACAUCCACUCACUGAUGAAUACUGAUGUAUUAAUAACAAGAAACAUACACAGUAAUUACUCAGCAAAUGAACAUGUGCUGCAUUUACCAGUUGAAUCAUAGUUCACACCACAGCAGUUCUCUCGAUCAGGCUGAGCUAGGACUCACCUGCCACUUUCGUUAAAGAUGGUAGAUCAGUAUUAUAGAUGUCACCUCAUUUAUAUGUUUAUUGUAACUUUAUUUUCACAGGAACAGACAUGUCCAUCCUGUUAUCCUCAAAGUUACUAACAUUGCUUGUCCUUGUGAUCAGUUUGACCCCAACAAUGUAAUCCUCCAGAAAAAUAUCAAAGUUCUCAUGUGAAUUAUCAGGGUUUCUCGCACUACAUGUAUGGUUAUGUUAGGUUAGGGUUCUAAAACAAAGGGAUAUUUUUUAAAGAUUAUAAAAUUGCAUGCUGUAGUGACCUCAGCAUCAUCGAAAACAACCAAAACAAAAGUUUGUAAAAUUAUAUAUCUAAUGUUUUUUUUUGUUUGUUUUUUUUGCAGCUAAACAGCCUGGGGUCAAAUUAAGCCUUGUGUAACAAUGAUUCAUGCAAAAUGUGUACAAGACAUUGAAAACAUAUCAUCGUGUAUUUUUUUGUUUACCCAGUUGUAUCCAUUAAAUUAGGAAAAGUGAAUAAAAAAGCAGAAAGUUAUAUCAAAUAAGUAAAUCCACUUGAAGGAUGAUUUAUUCCCUUUGUAAUCACUGAGGAAGUUAAACUAAUAUAUCUCAAACAUGAGGAACAUGAGGUGAUCCAUCUAUCCUUCCAUUCAUCCAUCAAUCUGUCCAUCCCUAUCUAUCUAUCUAUCUAUCUAUCUAUCUAUCUAUCUAUCUAUCUAUCUAUCUAUCUAUCUAUCUAUCUAUCUAUCUAUCUAUCUAUCUAUCUAUCUAUCCGUCUGUCUGUCUGUCUGUCUGUCUGUCUGUCUGUCUGUCUGUCUGUCUAUCUAUCUAUCUAUCUAUCUAUCUAGUUCCUUAGAUAUGACAAAUUGGUUGCAAAUGUGAGAAAUAAUGGUUGAAAUAGGUGAAGAAAGAAUGUUCGUUAAUAGGUAGGUUAAGAAAAGCUAUUAAUUAAAUAAGGCUAUUAAUUAGGGACAUUUAUUCAGUAAACGCAGAGAUGCAUAAUAUAGAUGAGUAAUCUAGAAAAAGAUUCUGGAAAGCAGCAGUGGAGCUGAUAGCGAAUGUGUGGCUGCUGCGUCACAAAGUUUAUGCUGGAACCUGGAAAGCUUUGAAACCUGAGCCAUAUUCAUCCGCAUCAGUCCAGCUGCAUGCAGCAGUACUAUGUAAGCUUCACCAUGCUCUUAUCAGCAUAGUGUUUUGCUUUUCUGAAACGUACUAGAGAAAUAACAAACAUCACAUGCCACUCAGCUAGCAACAUACGUGCAGUGCCUCUGCUUUUCAUUUUUUUUCUCCUCCAGAUUCUCUCUCGUGUAAAAAGACCUUACAAUGAACCCUCCAUAAACCGACCUGCUCUAUUCUAAUAUAUCACUCCAGUUGUGCCUUAAUGUGCUCAUGACCUGUGAAUAAAUAGCAUGUAUGUGUAAGAACAUGUUGAACGCCUUAGUACCAGUCAAAAUCAGAUUAAUACACUACCCAUUUUCUUCCCUUUCAGAUUUCUUUUCAUUAAACUAUUUUAUCUCUGAUUGUA